GUCAGAGGUUCUGCGUCGUCAAGGGGGUCGCCGUGGACUCGAAGGAACGUUGUCUCACACUCGCGAAGGAAAUCCCAAACAACUGCUAGCACCAGAAGGGGGAGAUGUCUUCACCGAAGGAUACGAUGGGUUUCUGGGAUCAACUGUACUUCAAACCUAUGAAGAUCGUCUCCUGUUGGGCCGGACAGUGGCCGUAUCAAUCGCCUAUCGAGCGAACGAUCAUCAGGACUGCGCUGGCUUCAGCUGUCGGCAGCCAAAUAAUAUCUCAGAUUGCAGCAGUUGCUGAACAUUCGAACGAUCUCGAUUUCUUCAUGGAGCUUGUCCCUCCCUUUGUUGUUGAAGUCACAUGCUUCACGAAAAUGAUCAAUUGUUUUUUUUUCUUGGGCAAGAUAAAAAUUCUGCUGGAGCAGCUGCAAGAGAACUGGAAAUUAUUUCCAACCGGUCGUGAGAAUGAACUGCUUCGUGAACAUUCCCUUCUUGGAUUUCAGAUGUCGAUGUUGUUCUUAGGAACUCUGUACACAUCUGGAUUUGUUUUUGGAACGCAGCCUUUUCAAGCCAUGAUUUUACACUUCGUUUUUAAAUCAAAUGGUAGUAUGCCACGACAGUUUCUAUUUCCAGCUAACUGGGGUCCCAUUGAUAGUGAUAAAUACUACUUUCCACUGGUGAUAUUGUCCGCGAUGUCGAUUUACUGUGUAGUUACAAUGCUUGUUGCCAUCGAUUGUGUUUUUUACACAUGCUGCGGUCAUGCUUGUGGAUUAUUCACUGCAUUGGGGUAUUCAAUAGAGAAUUUCAAUUUCAAUGAUGAUCUGAUGUCGGGAGACACUGGAUUUGCUUUUCUUCGACGAUGUAUUCAGAUACAUAACAGGGUGUUAGAAUUCACGAAUAUAAUAGAGGACGUUUUGACGUUCAACUUCUUGAUAAUGCUCGGAUCUGUAACGAUGGCGAUGAGCUUAACUGCUGUCCAGAUGGUAAUUAAUUUCAACGCUGUAGUGAAACUCUUGAAGAAUUUGGCGUUCGCCGUCACACAAAUUACCCAACUUGCCAUCAAAUGCUGGAUAGCUCAACGGGUCAUGGAUAAGAGUCUCAAUGUCAAGUUCAGUCUCAUUAAUUCAAAAUGGUAUCUGGCCCCUCCGAAAACCCAAAAAUUAAUAGGACUGAUGAUUAUGAGAAGUGAAAUUCCGUGUCAGAUUACAGCUGGCAAAGUCAUCGUCAUGUGUUUGGAAACUUUUUCGUCGGUAAGAUGAUCGUAAGACUCUCUGCAUCGUAUUUCACAAUGUUCCUGGCUCUACGAUAAACAUUGAAUCCAGCAAAAAACAUUUGAUAGUACAAGGGGACUCCCCUUAGCUUUCUCCUCACGGAAUCCACAAAUCAAUCGAUUUCAUACGAAUGAAAAGUCGUAGGAAUUACUCCGUGCAGCCCUUAUCACUGAAAUAUAUUUUUUUCUGAUGGAACUUUUUUUGUUUAUAUUCUUCGCGAAAUUAUCAUCCAGCUAUUUGAUGGUUAGCACUGAAAAUUGAAUCAAAAAAAUUAAAGACGUCUUUUUUUAUUUUGAAAAAUAGUCAGAAGUUACAGGUAAUUUGAAAAAUCACCACAAUUGAACGGCACAAUUAUCGACGUUUUUUCAAUUAACUAUAACUCCUCGAUUCUUCAUUUUUUUCAAAAUACAAAAUACGUAACUAAUAUUUUUCAUAUAAUUUUCAUAUUUUGUCAUUUUUUUUUAAACAAUUCAAACCGAAAGUAUAGAGUUGGUUCAUUCUUACGAACAAAUCGUCAUGAAUCGACUGUGCAUAUUUUCGCAUGAGUGAAAUAACAAUUAUUCACUUAUUUUUCAAGGAAAUGUAA